AUGGAAAAACUCGGCUAUGCGCUAUCGGACGACUCGGACUUGAGCUCCGUGCAGUCGAUCUCGCCGCGAUCCUCUCCCGAACCCGCAAAGCGGUACCUGACCCCGUCAUCCCAGGAUGCUGAGGAUUCGACGCGCCAAGACUGUCCGCCGCCCGCGAAGAAACGGCGCCGCAACCCCUUGCCCAAGGAGCGCACCACCCAGUAUCUCUCGCUGGCCAAAUCCUCUCUCGACCAGCAGGAUCAAACUAAAUUGCUGGUCGACACUCUCCGCCAUCAAAAAGACAUCGUCGUCAUCGCUGGCGCUGGCAUCUCCACCUCGGCGGGUAUCCCCGACUUUCGCUCCACCGAUGGUCUAUUCAAGUCCCUGCAGAAGAAACACAACUUGAAGGCCUCAGGCAAGCUGCUCUUUGAUGCCGCCGUCUACCAGGAUGAUGCCUUGACCGCCCCUUUCCAUGAGAUGGUGCGGUCGCUAUCCGUCGAGGCCGCCAAUUGCAAGCCCACGAAAUUCCACGAAAUGUUGGCCCGGCUGGGCAAGGAAAAUCGACUGAAACGACUGUAUACCCAGAACAUCGACGGCCUCGAAACUUCCAUGAAGCCCCUCGAGACGGAGAUCCCACUCAGCGUCAAGGGUCGCUGGCCCGUCACCAUCCAACUGCAUGGCAGCAUCACGAAGAUGGUCUGUCAGAAGUGUCGCUACCUCUGCGAUCUCAUGCCCAACCGCUUCUGUGAAGCCGAUCCGCCCGAAUGUGAUGAAUGCUCUGUCAAGAACGAGGUCCGUCAAACGUCGGGCCAGCGCAGUCACGGCGUGGGGCGCAUGCGGCCGCGCAUUGUUCUCUACAACGAACAUAACCCUGACGAGGAAGCUAUCACAUCGGUCAUGAAUGCGGAUGUCAGGUCCCGCCCCCGCGUCUUGGUCGUCGCCGGCACGAGCCUGAAGAUUCCCGGUGUGCGACGAUUGGUCAAGAGCUUGUGUACAGUGAUUCGAAGUCGGAAAGAUGGGGUCACCAUGUUUAUUAACAAUGAGCCGCCCGUCGGUAAGGAGUUCGAGAACUGCUUUGACCUGAUCGUCCAAGGGACCACGGACGAGGUGGCAGACCUGGUCAAGUUGAAACACUGGGAAGACCCCACGCCAUAUGAGAUGUCAUUACCUGAACCAGUCUUUGGGCCCCAGUCCAGCUCCGAAGAGGAGCUUUCCUCCUCGGAUUCGGAGCAAAAGCAAAACAACUUUGCCGUGGUCGUCUCGACACCGAAGAAGCGACCGCGCAACGAGACGGGCCUGUUCACCCCUUCUUCAUCUCACGACGAGAAGCCGGCUACCAAGAAGCCGACCAAGGGCAAGUUGGCCAACCCUGCCAGCCGGGGGGCCAGCAUCAACGAUCUGCUCAAUGGAGCAAAGACCACUGCCCCUGCCAAGCCUGCUCGCAAGAAGGCCGUUCCGAAGACCACUGCGCCCAAGAAACGUGGACCCAAAGCUCAGCCCCCGAAAGCAGCGAAUAUUUCCAGCUUCGCGGUCUCCACCAAAGCGGCUGCCACUGCCGCUGCUCCGGCAGACAAGAAGAUUGUUCUGGCCAAACCGAUGCACCCUAUGCCAGCUGCCCGCACCAAUGGGCUCAUGUUCCCCAACUUGGGCAAAAAGGAUGGCGUGGAGGCACCCGAGACGAUGCCUUUGCCAAUCACCGCGACAUCCUCCUAG